AUGAGAAGAAGUAGACCCAUUUCUUUCUCAAUCUAUCAGUCACACGCCCUUCCUGAUACACCCUACCUUCUUGCACUCAAGUUAGAUAUAUCUGGUGGUUUUGAUCCAACCCCUGCCCUAGAAAACUAUGACCAUGACUAUAACACAUAUGACAUUCCUAAAAUGGAUGUUAUACUACAGAAUGCAAAAACUUCGGCAAAUGAUAGUGAGACACAUCCUUGGCAUCUUCAUGGACAUGAUUUUUGGGUGCUGGGAUCUGGAGAGGGUCAGUUCAAUGAAAAAGAUGUUGGUACCUUCAACUUGGAUAAUCCAAUCAGGAAGAACACGGUGCCACUUUUUCCUUAUGGAUCGACUGCUUUCAGAGGUUUCAAACUGAUAAUCCAGGAAUAUGGAUUUGCCAUUGCCGUAUUGAGGCUCGUUUCUAUUUGGGCAAGUUAG